GAAAUAUACAAGGAACCAGUUACUGAGGACUGGAUCGGUUGCUUGUAGAGAGUGGUAGCAACAAUGUACAGCGUAUAAGGUAUGGGUGCCUUCAAAUGUGAUAAUUAUAUGUCAAAAUAAUUAUGCAAUUUGAUUUUGUGACUAGUGCGCAAUUUUACCUCCAUGUAAAGAGAUGUUUUCUUUUUUUUUACAAACCAAAAAAAUGGUGCCAAAGUUUUGAUCAAGUAACCUCAAUAACGUGAAACCUAAUAAAGGUGAUUAUGACAAUUUGUGUUUUUGUUGAUUUAUAGCCAAUCAAAUGUUAAGCGCGCCAUCUUAAGGACCCCUACCCUACUGGUUUUCGAAAAGCGGGUAGAUACCCUGUAAACCGCAAACAAAUUAAUUAAUCAAUUUGAUUACCUAAAACUUGACAUUGACGUAAUAGAAAGAAAAAAAGUAGCAACAAAAUAAUCUGCCUCUAAAACUACUAAUGAUGUUGUAAAAAAUACUUGUUAAAUUAAAAAUCAACACAUCUGCUGCCAUUUAUAGCGAAAGAAGCAAAAGGUUUACCUUGUUGUUUACAUAAACGCCAGUCUCCAAAAAUAAAAAUUAUUUCUGAUGUAUUCAUUGAAGCGAAGUGAUACAAAACGAGAAUAAAAGAUAACAAAUACAAGAUACCAUAUCUAUUAUGAAUCAACUAUGAAGGAGAAAAGAUAGACCCCUCCCCAAACGCAGCAUUGAUAUUGCGGGCUGUUUCUGCCGCGUUAGUUCCGCGUCGGAACCCGUAUUUAUAAAUCACUCGAAUUUUCGCAGUAUCCAUCUUUCUUGUCUAAAUUGAAUAACAAAAACAAUUGAAAGCCGAUAUUCAAAUGUUUCACAUUUUUAAAAAAAAGAACAUCAUAGAAACCAUUUGAAAAAAGUUUCAUUCGAAAACCUCAAACCAUGAAGAUUCUAAGUCAAUUCAAAAAACCUAUUGCAAUAAAACGGCAAUUUCAUACUUUAACCCCUGAUAAUAUAUUUUUACUACAACAAAAACGUAACAAAUACAAAGAAUGAUUUCUGAGUCUGGAUCAGGACUGCAUAAAGCCAGAUCGACAAAAGUUAAUAAGGCAAGUUUAUUUAUGUGCUUACUUUUGUACACCUCUCUAUUUGUUAUAUAUUUGUAUAUAGAAAGAGAAGUUCAAAAGCUCACAGUAUGGAGCCAUUUACAAUGGCUACCUUACAUUUCAUCUGCACGGAAACGUCGUCGACCCUACGAGUAUGAAGUCAAGCUUUUAAAACAUGAAGACUUCAUCAACUGGGAAAAACUCGCUUGGAGCAUUUACAAAAGAAACACUAAAAAGAAUGAAAUUCCAGAAAAAGGACCAAAAUAGUAGCAAUGGAGUAUUUAAGUACAUGUGCGAAGGCGUACCCGAAAGAAUCAAUUAAUCUUCAUAUGGAAUUUACAAAAAGGGAAAAGGGAAAGAAACAAAAACAACAACGCGGCUUUAAUGAAAAGAGGCUAACAAACAUUACAAGUUGGAUUUCAAAGAGACUAGUGAGCAUGGUGGUUACCGCUUAUUGCAAAGUGUGCGACGAUUACACUGUUCUAAACCAUAGAUGAGAUGCCCGCUGUCCCCCGCAGCGGUCGGACGUGUUUGCGCGAGCUCCGCGAAUUUUUAUUCUUUAAAAAUCAUUUCUUCGGAAAUAUUACUGCUAAGCAAAAGUGAAAGUGCUCAGUGUGUACGUGAUAACGCCGCCUACCCCCUGGUUGGACGUUCAUCCCUCGGGAGCACAGGGAUUACGAGACAGGACUCAAUCAGUUAAGUUAGCAUAGUUUACUUCGUAAUUAGACUGUGUAAAAACAUUUAAUUAGUAUUUUAUUUGACAUUUUGCGUAUUGUAUAUUAUUUAGGUUUAGGUUAGGGCAUACCUGUGCACUAGAUUAGGUUAAAUAGUUAGUUUAGGCCACCACGUGCGACGCACAUGUUCGCACGUGGUUUUUAACGAUACGGAACGAUAAGAGAAAUAACUUGUAGGGAGUCAAGAAGGCGUCCCGGGAACACGCACAGAGCAAGUACCGGGUUCGCCCUACCUCGAUUCGGCCCAAAUAACCGAGAGGUUGAAAAGGCCAUGGGAGGAGGUAGGUUGUUCUAAACCAUAAACCAGCUCUUGUAAAGCACAUGUAUACAAAACAUGUUCAAAAUAUUAGUUCAAAAAGUCAAACAACGCCUAUUGAACAAAUGCUCAAAACCAAACUAGAAGGCGAAUUAAAAAAAGAGCAAAGCUUAAAAUAUUUGUCUUUUUCUUUGAUGGAUGAUUUAAUCCCGUUUUUAAAAAAAUGACCAUUAUAGUGUAUAACAGGGUAGUGGUGAGACGGUGACUUACUGAUAUUACAUUAAGGACAAGGGAUUUUUUUAAUGCACAUGCUUACCUGCACUACUAAUCGAUUUAGUUUUGCUAGCUUUCGAUUGUAGAAAUUGUUACUAGGUGUUCUUCAUCUGCGAUCUCACCUGUUCUUCUAAGACUGAUUGUCUACGGAGUAUACUCUGUAUGCUGUCACAACCUCAGUUGUCAAGUAACAACUACAUUUUGAUUCUCCUUCUCUCAUUCAUUCUGUUUAUUGUAGUACUUCAAUUUAUAUUCAUCGCAGUAUGGCUCUUCGUAAAACGCCCUUCGCCCCAGCGCGUAAGGUUGCAGCUCGAAGAGUUAGACGCAACAGGAAGCCGAGAAGAACUCCUCAACGAUCUCCCCUUGGUUCACUAAUUAUGAAAGGAGUCAACGCGUUGAUGUCAGCCAUUCCAGUGGUGAAGAUCAUCUCUCCUAUUACUGAUUUCCUGUUUAAGUCGGUUGGCUUUACCAGUUCUUCCAUCUCCACUGGACAUUUUAAUGUUGCCACCAUCGUCUAUGGAUUAGGUUCUGCUUUUAGCGUACCGCUUUCGUGUAUAAUUGAAAAUACGAAAAUAGUCUUCCCCGUUGGGGCAUCUGAAUCUUGUGGGGAAGCCGGAGGUUUGCCCAUACACUAUCCAUUCUCUACGAGCGAGCGAGACUGAUCUAUAAGGCCGGGACUCCACCAAAGCGGAGACGAGACGAGCGGAGAGGAGAUGUUUUUUAAACAACCAAUAGAAUUGAGUUAUUGACACGUCUCCUCUCCGCUCAGCUUCAGUGGAGAUCGCUGUGCGGAGAUGUUUAAUAUUUGUAUGUCGCGAUGGAAGCGGAGAUGUGAGCUGUGCGCGGACGACGCGCAGUGGAGACGAGAGAUGUGAGCGGCGUGCAGUGAGCGAUGUCACCCUCCCCCCUCUCGCCCGCUAGCAACCCGCAGAACCCCGCGCGCGCGCCGGCCGGUCAUCUUGCUAGUACCGUGCGCGCGAGCACACGCUUUUAUCGUGAAUAAUUUGUGCAGUUUGUAUUUUUCAACGUAAACAAUUAGUUAAUUUAAAUAAAACGUAAUGGAUGAACAAUUUAUUGAAUCAGUAAAAAAAUAUCCAUGUCUAUGGAACACAUCAAUAGAUACCUAUAAACUUACUGACGUCAAAGAUGCAGCUUGGGAGAACGUUUUGAAAGAAACUCAAUUAUCUGACGUAAAAACGGCUAAAUCUAAGUGGAAAAAGUUGAGAGACAGCCACCGGGACGCAUUAAAAAAGAAAAAUGCCACUAGAAGUGGACAGAGUGGUAAACAAAUUCGUGAAUGGAAAUAUGAGAAGGUAAUGGAAUUUUUGAUACCAUAUAUGACGAAUAGAAACAGGACUACAAAUUAUACCUCACAAACAAAUAUAAAUGAACAGGAAACAAAUUCAUUGGAAAGUAAUGUAACCGAUGAGUUUUUUGAAACAUCAAGCAAUCAUACAAGAAGCACUCCAGAAGAUCGUCCAUCUGUACAACAUUCGCCGUCACCGACAUCAAGCGUCUCAGCCUCGACAUGCAGAAAUGCAACAAGAAAAUCGGAUGAAAUAAGUAAUUUACUUAUACAGCACCAUGCAAACCGUGAAAGAAUACGCCAAGAAAAACUAGAAAUACAAUCAUUGAUAGAGAAAAAUAAUACCCUUGACGAAAUGGACACUUUUUUUCUGUCGAUAUCAAAAAGUGUAAAAAAACUUUCUCAAUAUAUGCAGCUUCAGGCUAAACGUAAAAUUUUCAAUGUUCUUUUAGAAUUGGAAGAACUUGAGCUACAAAACACAUGGUAUAACACAAAUGAAAAUAAUUGGUAUUCCCCCGGUUACACUUCAGCACCGGGUCCAAGUUCGACACCGGGUCCUAGCUCAACACAGGCACCGGUUCUUACAUCAACACAGGCCGGUGGUCCUAACUCAACACAGGCACCGGUUCCUAGCUCAACACAAAUACCGGGUCCAAGUUCGACACAGGCACCUGUUCCAAGCUUGGAAGAUACGCACAUGACCGAUGAACAGAUAGAAGCAUUCAGAAACGAAGAAGACACAUAUGAUAAUUUGUAACUAUAUGGAAAAGAAAGCAAUAUGUCUCAUGUGAUUUACUGUUAUAAUUUUUUUGUACGUUAUGUUUCUAAUAUAACCUUACGUUUUUUUUGCUACUGCCAGAAAGGCAGUUGGUUUUUUUGUUUUCUUUAUGAAUAAAUAAGAUAAUAUAAAAAUA